AAGGCCGAGCCCUCCCGCCCGCCGGCCCCACCUGGAGAGGAGCUUAAAGGGCGGCCGGGCGGCCCCACAGGCGCAUCGCCGGCUCCCGCACCAUGCCCAAGGCCCGCAGCGUGCUUGUCCUGGCAGGGCUCCUGGCUCUCUGGGCAGAGCUGCCUCCAGCAUCCGCCCAGAAUGUCACCACCAAAGCCGGCGUGUGCCCGGACCCGGCGGUGGACGCGGUGAACUGCACGGUGGGGUGCCAGUCCGAUGGCGACUGCGAGAGCACCCUCAAGUGCUGCCCGGCGGCCUGCGGCAAGGCCUGCCAGAAGCCCGACGAGAAGCCCGGCACGUGCCCUCCCGUCAGCCCGGGGAUCCCCAUGCUGGGCGUCUGCACGAACCAGUGCAAGACGGACUCCAACUGCUCCGGGAGCCAGAAGUGCUGCAGGAACGGCUGCGGCAAGGUCUCCUGCGUGACGCCCCUCCACUGAGGCGCAGCCGCCUCCUGCCAGCCCGGCCGCAGGGAAGCUGCUGCCCGACGCGAGUCCCGCACGCCCAGACCCCGGCCCCGCACCAUCCAAACGCAGCCCGGCCAUGCUCCCGGCUCGGAGCCUUCAGCCUCAGCUUCCUCCCCGGGGUCCCCUGCUCGGGGCGCAUCGCAGCCCCCUGCACUCUCACCAAUAAAGCAGCCUCUCCCUGC